AUUAUUGACUGCAUCUACCUAUUUGCUGGCUACUAUUGCUACAGAAAAAGAAAUAUGGGUAGAGAGAGAGACCAAUUUUGGGCAUAUGCUGUGAAAGUAAAUGGUCGUUUCAAAUGUAAUUUUUGUGAACAAGAUUUUCCUGGAGGUGCAUCAAGGAUUAAAGCACACUUGGCCGGAGUUCCAGGUAAUGACAUUAAGGCAUGUAAUGCUGUGCCUCUGGAUGUUCAAAACAAAGCUAAAGCAACUCAAAAAAAAAGAGAAGCUCAAGCAACUCAAGAGACCAACAAAAAGCUCAAAAGUGCAUCAACCUCAGCUUCAAAAUUAAAAAAUAAGGGUAAGGAAGAAUAUAUGGCUGAAGUUGUCCUCAAUGAUGUUGUGGACAGACUAAUAGCCAAUGCGUUUUCACUACAUGCCAGUGAUUAUAUCGGUUUUGAGUCGAGUUUCAAGGUAGAGUUGAAAAAUCUUCUUGAAACAUUAUUAAAGAUUAAAUUCUUGUUAGAUGAUGCUCAAAAGAGGCAAUCAAGUGAAGAAUCUGUGAGGAUCUGGCUAAUGGAGCUUAGAGAUGUAGCUUAUGAUGCUGAUAAUGUGCUAGACGAGUUUAGCUAUUUUUGGCAAGAGGUACAGACUCAAAAUCUAAUGGUGGAUCAGGUGCGUAGCUUUUCAUUUUGCAAUCCUGAUAAAGUUAAGACCAUCAAACAAUUAUUGGAUAAAAUUGUGCAUGAUGUAGCUGGCUUUGGUCUUAGAAUGGAAUUGUUGAAUUCAAUCUCCAAUAUUAGCUUGGACAUGAAUAUAGACCUCCUCCUCGAUGAUUCAGAAGUUGUAGGAAGAGAAUACGAUGUCACGAAAAUGGUAAACGUAGUUAUUAGUUCAAGCAAUCAACAAGUUAUCUCUGUUCUCCCUAUAGUGGGUAUGGCAGGUCUUGGAAAGACAACUUUAGCAAAACUUGUGUAUAACAAUGAACUAAUAAAGAAACAUUUUGAUGUACUAGCAUGGGUAAAUGUUGGUAUACAUUUUGAUGUUGAGGGGAUUUUAAGAGAGAUUCUUAUAUCUCUUGAAGAAGACUUGAGUGAUUUAAAUUAUGAUAAAAUACUUCAAAUAUGUGCAGAAAAGUUGAGGGCAAUAAAAUAUCUUCUUAUACUUGAUGAUGUGCAGGAUGAAGAUCUUGAGAAAUGGGAUACUUUAAAGGGUUACUUGUCAAAAUUUAAUUCAAGUACUGGAAAUAAUAUUGUUGUUACAACCCGUAGUGACAAUGUGGCUAAAAUUAUGGAGACACAUCCCAAACAUCAAUUGGAAAAAUUAUCAAAAGAUGAUUGUUGGUCCAUAUUCAAGAAAAGAACAUUCACAAAUGGAAGAAUUCCAUUAACUUUAGAUUUGGAGGUUAUUGGCAGGGAAAUUGCUAAAAGAUGUGGAGGGGUUCCAUGGGCUGCAAGAGUUUUAGGGGGAACAAUAAGCUUUAAAUGUGAUAAAGACAAAUGGCUAGAGAUUCAAAAUAAUAAAAUUUGGGAUUUGUUGGAUGAAGAUAAUAGUGACAUCUUUCCUGUGCUUAAGUUAUGCUUUGAUCAUCUUCCAACACCAUCUUUAAAACGAUGUUUUGCAUAUUGUGCAAUAUUCCCUAAAUAUUAUGACAUGAAAAAGGAUGAGGUAAUUCAGUAUUGGAUGGCUGAAGGGUUCCUUGAACUAGCUAAAGAAGUUAAUGUGAUGAUGGAAGAUAUUGGUAACAUGUAUUUCAAUAUUUUGUUGGCUACUUCCUUUUUCCAAAAUGCUAGAAUGGAUGACUAUGGUAAUGUUAUUAGUUGCAAAAUGCAUGAUUUGGUGCAUGAUUUUGCACUCUCAAUAUCAAAAUCUGAAUCUCUAAUCUUGGAGGGAGAUCCCGUGGAUAAUGUUAGUAGCAUACAACCUUUAUUUGUCCGAUUUGAUAGCAAAACAGCACCAGGAACUUCAUUUAGUGGAGACGGUUUCAUAAAAGUGCGAACGUUAACUUCAGAAAAUGUCAACUUUGACAUUAUGUUAUCAAAUUUUAGAUGCUUACGUGUUUUAAAAUUAUCAAGCCAUGGGUUACCGGAUUCAAUUGAGCAAUUAAUACAUUUGAGGCUUCUUGACAUCUACCAAACUAGGGAACUACCAAAAUCCAUCACCAAACUGUACAAUUUGCAAACUUUAAGAAUUAAAGGCAGCCAUGUAAGAGUGCUUCCGGAACACCUAAGCAAUUUGAUUAACUUAAGACAUAUUCAUAUUAAUUGGGGUUGUUUUAUAAAAACACCUAAAAAUAUGAGUAUGUUGACUUGCCUUCAAACAUUGCCAUUUUUUGCUGUGGGUUCAGAGGAUGGUUAUCGGAUUACAGAAUUGGGAGCUUUAAAGAAUCUCAAAGGAGAAAUAGUAAUAAAGAAUCUAGAGAGGGUGAAAGAUGAGGAAGAAGCCAAAAGUGCAAAAUUAAAAGAAAAGGAAAUAUUCAAGUUGGGAUUACACUGGAGUCUUGACAGAGGAGAGGACGACAUGUAUAAUGAAGAUGAAAAGGUGUUGGAAGGCCUCCAGCCUCACCCAAAUUUGAAAAGCUUAAAAAUCGAAUGGUAUCUUGGAAAGAAAUUCCCAUCAUGGGUUGUUGGUUUGUCUUCGCUAUAUCACAAUUUGAUUGAGAUCAAUUUGAGAUAUUGUAGGGAAUGUGAAGAAGUUCCCACUCUGGGGCAAUUACCCUGUCUUAGGGUUCUUGAAAUGGAAGGAAUGGGGAAGGUAAGAUGUAUAGGAAGUGAGUUUUACUUUCACAGUGAUGGGAGUUACAGAAAUACUACUACAUUAUUUCCGGCAUUGAGAAUACUCAAAUUGGAGAAGAUGGAUUUCCUAGAAGAGUGGAAGGAUGCAAAGGAGUUGACAACCGCAGAUGAGGUGUUGUUUGUGUUUCCUUGCCUUCAGGAGUUGACCUUAAUUGAAUGUAGGAAACUGAGAGAUUUGCCAGACUCACUGCACACCUGCGUUUCCCUUCAGAAGUUGGUAGUAUUGUAUUGUCCUAGGCUGAGGUCAUUGCCAGGUGUCCCUUCAGUUAUUCGACCCUUGGAGAUAAUAGAGUGUGGAAUUGAUGAACUACCCAGUGGGCUACAAUUCUGUGCAUCUCUUCAAUAUUUGGAGAUUUCGAGAUGUCCGAAUCUGAAAUCAAUUCCAGAUUUAGAAAAAGUAUUUCAUUCUCUUAUUAAUUUAAAACUUAGCAACAACUCUCCUUAUCCAAGACUGAUCCUUUCGCGGCGAGAGGACCGCUUAAAGACAUUGGUAAUCGGUGAGUUUAUUGAAGACUUGAAUGCUUUCUCGAUUCUGCGUUAUCCUUCCUUUCAAUACUCGUACGCGUCCCUCAAAAAGCUAUUAUUGCAUGGGAGUCCUGCACUCAAAUCUCUCCCGAAUGAAAUUUAACCCUUCUCUGCCCUUGAAGAGCUGAAUAUACAGAACUUUAACGGAAUGGAAGCUUUGCCUAAUUGGUUGGGCAAUCUUUCUUGUCUUCAAAAGCUGUCUCUUUACUACUGCAAAAAGCUGAUGUAUCUUCCCAUUCUACACCUCACCGAUUUAAAACAUCUGCACAUUGCUCGAUGCCCCAAUUUAGAGAAAAGAUGUGUAGAAGAGAGCAGCGCAGAGUGGCUACAGAUGCCCCAUAUUCGAAACAUCAAAAUCAAUGAAAAAUACAUCAAAGGGAAGUAUUCUGAGGACUCUGAAGACUUUGACGACUAUGGCGACUGUGAGUAUGAAGAAGUUGAAUAUGACGACUCUGAGUAUGAAGAAUCUGAUGACUCUGAAGAUGAUAGAGACGAUUACUUGCAAGAAGAUUCCAUCUGGGGAAAUGAUCAAGUUGAUGAUAACUGAUGCUGAGGUUAACCACAUAAGACACGCUGGAACCAUAUUUCAAACAUUUGAAGAUUGAAUCCCCAACCAAUUCCACCAUGCAGAAAGGAGAGAGACUACUGUCUUCGGCAUCACCCACUGAAUCCUAAACAAGGAGAAGACUUCACUUGACAAGAGGAGCUGUGGUAACUUCUCAUCGUCUCAAGAACUGAAAUUCUAGAACAAGAACUGCUACUACUUAUCUGCAAUGAUGGAGGAGCUCCCCUUCUGUGGAAAGCUAGAUGGAAGUAUCCUAGAAUCGUUGUUGAAGCUGGAUGUUUUGUUUCUUACUUGUCGCUUUGCAAGGGAUAUGGAAUCAACAAGAGUGGUCAUUGGUAGAAGAUUGUGCAUAGUCCAAGAAUCACAAUGGAGGGAAUUUAAAAUUGAUUCCAAUGAAAUUGUUUCAUAGAAAUUUCGAAUACUUUUCCAAUGUCAAGGAUGCUUUAUGAUUAUUUGGGGCUGGGGUAACUUUUUAUCUCUUCAAGAACAGAAGUUCAGGAGCAGGAGUGCUACUACUUACCAGUAAAGCAGGUGGCACACUAACUUUCCAUGGAAAGCUAAAUGAAGAACUGAAGCUUGAAUUGGUUCCAAAUUUCCGAUCUAAUUGUUUCAUUGAAAUUUAUGAGUUGGCACAUUCUCUCACUACAAACAGCUUGAUUUUUUUCAACAUAUUUUUAUCCACAGUUACUAAAAAUUGUUGAUAGAAGCUUUAAUUUUCUACAGUUAUGCACAACCGUGGAGGCGUGGAGUAAAUUUGAAGAAAUUAGCAUACAUAUUCCAACAGUUAUGCACAACUGUUUGAGAAAAACCUAAUUCCAUUUUUCCCGUUUGGUAGAUCGAUUUCCUUUGAUUACGGCUGUUCGGAUGGAAAAUUUCUCGAAUUUUGAGGCUUCAAAGCCAUGAAGUUUGCAAAUGAUUGGAAAUCAAGAUUGAAAAAGAAGAGAGACGAUCCUUCAGAGUCUGCCCUUACAGGAGAGUCACUCCCAGUAACCAAAAAUCUUGGUGAUGGAGUAUACUCUGUUUCAACAUGUAAACAAGGUGCAAUUGAAGGAGUUGUUAUUGCAACUAGAGUACAUACCUUAUUUGGAAAGGCAGUUCAUCUUGUGGAAACUACUACAAUCAUUGGACAUUUUCAGCAGAUAAUUUCAGUAUAUUAUUUUGGAUGAAAUCUUCACUUAGAAUCUCAAAGGCUGGAAAAAUGUUUAGAGCUGUAAUAUUUCUAAACAGUUUCAUCUUUUCUACUUGGAGGUCGUAACUAGAAUAGGAAACUUCUGUAUUUGCUCGAUUGCCAAUGGGCUGGUAAUAGAAAUCAUUGUCAUAUAUGGGAUUCAUCAUGGGUAAUCAUGUUGGGAUAGAUAAGCUUCUUGUUUUACUCAUCGGUGGCAUCCCCAUUUCUAUGCCAACAAUUCUUUCUGUUACAAGCUAACUGUGGACAAGUCACAAGAAUAUGAUAGAGGAGAUAAAAGGAGCAACAAAACCAACAUAUAUUUGAAGGCAUAAAUACACUAUGAAAAUGGCUCUACUUGACUGCAUUCAAAGAAGUGGUGACAACACUAAAAGUCCUACCAGCCCCUCUUUGAAGCUUCUCCAAGGUUCAAAGUGGUUGCCUACCUCCUCAUCUCCUACAUUUGCAGAGGAUCUUGACCCAGAAGGAACAAGUUUAUCAUUACAAGAAAUCAGUUCCCACCAAAUUGAAGAAGGCCAAGAAUUUGACAUGCUCUCAGCUUGAAGAAACAUAAUCAGGAUUUUAGCACCACACCUUCUUGGGUUGUUAGGUUUGAUGAUGAUGAAGAUGAAGAAGAUGCUGAAUUCUUUGGAGCCCCAGCAUCUGAAUCAAAGCUGGCUCCUGAGGGGUACAAGGAAACCACUAGACAUAAUCCAAGAGCAAUGCAUAAGAAUUUUGGGAAGCAUGUUUGGAAAGCACUGUCAAUCUUACUAUUAAAAAGAAAAAUAGAUGCCUACAAAUCUUAAAAGGACAUUAACUGAAAAUUUGGCAUCAGCUUUUGCUGCGAUAUCAGAAAUUCAGAGUGCUUUCCACAAACCUAUUUUGUCUCUGUUGCUACUGAAAGAGGAAAGCAAGAUAAUAAGGGUGAGCAAAUAUGGGUAAGGUUGUUUCAGUGAAGGAGUAUCUAAUGCAUAAGCUUGAGCCCAGGCAAGAUGUGCUUUCUCCAGUGAUAUCCAAGGCUAUGAAUCCAAAGAGAACUCCUGGUGAUAUGGAUGUGGUAUGAGAGACGCUGCGACUUUGCUCCAACAUGAGGAAUUGUCCAAAUACACAGCUAUGGGUUCAAUUAGAAAUACAAGAUCGCCCAUGCCAAUUUCCACCCAUGUGCAUUCAGCUAAAGACUCACCAUCACACACUCAGAUCUCAGCCAAUGCUCAUAAAAAAAAAUUUGUGUCAAUUUUGAUCCUAAAUGUAUAUGGAGACGUGUUAAUGAGCUUCAAUUAGUGUUUGACUUCAUGUAUCGAUACUAAAAACCAUCACCAUCUGACAUGCAUGAUCUGAUACUAAUUAUUCUAUUGAAGUUCCUUUGUACAGUCUAUGGCAACCAUGGGUCAAAUUUAUAUCGAUAUUUAGUUAUCUGAACAAGGCCCUGACCAUGUUAUGGAUUCCGUGUGCUAUGGUGUAAUUUCUCUUUUUGGUAUUAUAAUUCAUAUCUCAUGGAUA